GUUUCCCUGAAAAGAGAGGGAGAGUUUUGUGAGAGCACACAGGAAAGGCCGGGCGCUGGGCGGCGGGCAGCGGAGAAGAUGACUGCAGUCUUUAAAACGCUUCGAAAUCACUGGAAGAAAACUACAGCUGGGCUCUGUUUGCUGACAUGGGGAGGUCACUGGCUCUACGGAAAGCACUGUGAUAACCUGCUAAGAAGAGCAGCCUGUCAAGAAGCUCAGGUGUUUGGCAACCAGCUCAUCCCUCCCAAUGCACAAGUGAAGAAAGCCACCGUCUUUCUCAAUCCUGCAGCUUGCAAAGGCAAAGCCAGAACUCUAUUUGAAAAGAAUGCUGCCCCAAUUUUACACCUGUCUGGCAUGGAUGUGACUGUUGUCAAGACGGAUUAUGAGGGACAAGCCAAGAAGCUCCUGGAGCUGAUGGAAAGCACAGAUGUGAUCAUUGUCGCUGGAGGAGACGGCACACUGCAGGAGGUUGUUACUGGAGUACUGAGAAGAACAGAUGAGGCUACCUUCAGUAAGAUUCCAAUUGGAUUUAUCCCGCUGGGACAGACCAGUAGUUUGAGUCACACUCUCUUUGCUGAAAGUGGAAACAAAGUCCAACAUAUUACAGAUGCCACACUUGCCAUUGUGAAAGGAGAGACUGUUCCACUUGAUGUCUUACAGAUCAAGGGUGAAAAAGAACAACCUGUGUAUGCAAUGACUGGUCUCCGGUGGGGAUCCUUCAGAGAUGCUGGCGUCAAAGUUAGCAAGUACUGGUAUCUUGGUCCACUAAAAACCAAAGCAGCCCACUUUUUCAGCACUCUUCAGGAGUGGCCUCAGACUCAUCAAGCCUCCAUCUCUUAUACGGGACCUAUAGAGAGACCUCCCAUUGAGCCUGAAGAGACUCCUCCCAGGCCGUCUCUGUACAGGAGAAUAUUACGUAGGCUUGCCUCAUUCUGGGCACAGCCACAGGAUGCCUCCUCCCGAGAGGUGAGUCCUGAGGUCUGGAAAGAUGUACAGCUGUCCACCAUUGAACUGUCCAUCACAACUCGAAACACCCAACUCGACUUCAUGAGCAAAGAGGACUAUAUGAACAUUUGCAUUGAGCCUGACACUGUCAGCAAAGGAGAUUUCAUAAUCAUAGGAAGUAAGAAGGUGAGAGACCCUGGUCUGCGUGCAGCUGGCACCGAGUGCCUCCAAGCCAGCCACUGUACUCUGGUUCUUCCUGAGGGAACUGAGGGCUCCUUCAGCAUUGACAGUGAGGAGUAUGAAGCCAUGCCUGUGGAGGUCAAACUACUGCCCAGAAAACUGCAGUUCUUCUGUGAUCCGAGGAAGAGAGAGCAAAUGCUGCAGAGCACAUCCCAGUGAGCGGUAGCAUGGCGGGCACUCCCAGGCUGCACUGCAAGCCACCAGUGGGACCACAAGGGGGUGUGUGUGCUUCUGUCCCCAGAGUGUCACAGGAUCCCAAGGGAAUUCAUGGCAAGUACCCCCAACCCCUCCUGUUUUCUUCCUAGAGCACAUACCAUGUCAUGCACUUGUGGUCAGUACCAUGUUAACCCCUGCUUUCCUUAUGUUGAGGUAGUUGAUCCCUCUUACACAGUGGUUGUCUCAGGCUGGUUCUAGGACGUUCUUGCACUCACUGAGUUGGGAAGGGCUAGAGUUUUGUGAUUGUCCCACAGUGGAGGGUGGAAUCUGGCUCUCCGACCAUCCUGGGGCAUCCCAGGGAAGCAACUGCUGUCUCCGGGAGCCUCUCCCUCUUUCUAGGCUCUCUCAUGGGCGCUGCUCCUUUGUGAGCUCUCUGCUUUGGUUGGUUGGUCUCAUCUGGAAAGCAAAUGUGACGUUGUUCCCUCUUUAGUCAUGGCAGACAUAUUGUAAAACGCUAUUUUAAAACAAACUAGUGCUUCCUCAUUGUUAGUUUGCAUGUGUACAACUGAGACGCAUGUUGAAAACUAACUGAUCUGGGACCCACCCCCAAACUUUGUAACUCAACCUGGCAGAAGGCUAGGGUUCUUCAUUUUAAGAUGGCUUCCCCAGGUGAAUCAACCAUACCAGGAGAAAGUGUUUUAAGUCUACUUCAUAAACUUAAAUGUAUUAUAUAUAUAUAUAUAUAUUUUUAAAAAUCACAUAUUUGUGUUGACAUCUAUUGUUUCAAUGGGAAGUUAAACCCUCGUCAGUGUACUUACUAGUGUUGUGUAAAUAUUGUUUGAAAAUAAAACCUGUUUCAUCAUUCUUUUAAACAUA